AAAACACUAGAUACUACUCGACACGGCUGUUUGUAAACAAUGAUGUUGAUCCUGUUGAUCGUGUGUGUAGUCGCGAGCUCGCUGCCGUGUUGUCAGGCGUGUAGGUGUGACACGGACGUCCCCAGCAGACCCGUGCCAGGUGUCGGAGCCAGGUCAAGACGGGCCAGGGAGGCACGAGUUCUAUGUGGGGCAGGGGAGUAUCUCCGUCAAGGGGGUUGUGUCCCCUGCCCGGAUGGAACCUUCAUGACGUCAGAGAUGUCUAAAGAUUCUGAUCACGUGGAAUGUGUGGAGUGUUUGAAGCCAGAACAGUAUGAGGUCAUCAAGACACACUGUACCCCGACCAGAGACACAGAAGUGACAUGCGCAGACGGCACCUACAACAAGUGCUACAGGGACUUCAUCGGCAAAUGCUCUCGCUACUGUGAGCGGUGUGAUGUCUGCGGGUUGGGUUCGAAUCUCUACAAGAAAUAUGAGCUCCAACCCUGCAAGGGAGACAACAAUACCGUGUGCUGUCCAAGGGGGGAUAUGGUUGUGAUCAACGGCGACUGUCAGCUGCCUUUAAGUUGUGGGGAGGGUUUCUACAAAACCAGAAUCAACGGAGUCGAGACGUGUCUGAAAUGUGACGUAUGCGGUGAAGGGAAUCACAAGUUGGAACCGUAUGUGGUAAGGGCGUGUAAUCAGGGAGAAAAUACCAUCUGCUGUCCGGAACCGGAUAUGGUGUUAAGGCACGGAUCCUGCGUAAGAGACAGCAAAGCGGAAGUAGAAUUGUCAGAUAAUACAACAAAUGUAAAUAGGACAACAGAACAGAUAAAUGUAGACAACAAUGUCACUACAGUGAAAGAAUUGACAGAAAAUCAAGCGCCAAGAAUUUUGGGAAUCUUUAUUUUAAUAUUUGGUGUCCUUGUGUUAAUUGCAAUCAUUGUCGUUGCUUUAAUCAAGGAUUAAGUUGUAUGUUAAAAUAAGUGACUUCACGUGACUUUUGUGUUAUGAAUGUAGAACAUUUAAAAAUGAAGAAAAUACAAAAAUGCUUAGAAGAUUUUAGAAAAUUUAAUAUAACGGCACAAAUUUAAGUUUAUUUUAACUUAAAAUUAUUAUUAGAAGACCUCAUUAAGUCUAAUUUUUACAUCUAAAAUUUUAUGAAAUACCUUAGCUUUUGUUAUUAAGAAUUAAUAAAUCAAUAAAUUUCAUGGCUAUAGUUUGGAUAAAUUAGUAUCAACUUUUUCAAUAUGUAAAGCUUUACAUCCUCUAUUUAGUAUUUAGGUAUCUCAAUUAAGCUUUAGCCGAAAUCUUAAUUCAUUCUUUUAAUUUUUUAAAAUAGAUUUUCUCUGUGUUUUACAUUUGUUUAUACAAAAGUUCUAUUAGAACAAUUACUCUUGAAACUUAAAGAAUAUGUUACUAGGAGAUUAAUCUAGUUCCUGCUAUAUUUUUUUAAAUAACUUUUUGAUCAGUAUUUUAGAAACAAAAUAAUUUUUUUCUCUUCUUAAAAGUAACAUUUGUUAAUUAUCAUUAUCAAAUGUCGUGUCAUUUCAAAUGCUAAAGAAUAUAUUUUGUGUAGUUGUCUAAUUUUUCAUUUAACUAAUUAUUUAUUGACAUUCCGUCAUUCUUUCUAAUACAAACUAAUUUUAAUUGAUGUGCUCAAUUUAACAUGGAAAACUUCAUUUCCUAAAAAGUUGCAACCUUCUUAAUGAAUUUUCGAGUUUAACUACAAUUUUUUUAAACAUGCCUUAAAACACAACUCGUGUUCCAAUUUUUUUCUUGACAAUCAGACUUUAAAAAAGAAUCCUUGCAAAAAAAAACGUAUAUACCUCAA